AUGAAAUUAAAUGUGAAAAAAAAUGACGCAUCAAGAAAAACAAUCCUCAUCGUUUUUCCGUUUUUCAGUCUUAGAGAUAAGAAGGAGAAGCUGACUGAUAAUUCCGGACGUUCUAAAAUGUCACCUGGGCCAUUUUCUGACAAUUUCGGACGUCCUAAAAUGUCACCUGGGCCAUUUUCUGACAAUUCCGGACGUUCUAAAAUGUCACCUGGACCAUUUUCUUUUCUUUGCUAG